AUGGGGAUGCUCUGGAGCAGAGCCUCUUCCUGCAAACCACCGCUGGCUUGCGGCAAAAACACAGCAAAGCCCCGAAGCGCGGCUCUGGGAUGUGGGACGUGUGUCCUGCUUAGCGAGUGCAGCGCUCCCACGGGUGGGAUCCUGCUCAGCACCCCACAUCACAGCGGGUGCUUUUGGUCCUGGGAACCCGUUCUUUAUUUUUUACGGCCGAGCCAGGAGCCCGCCAAGGGCCAGCGGCGCGUGAACCCCCUCAACAUCCAGAUGCUGUCCAGGACCCUCCACGAGCAGAUCUUCCGGGGGGCCCAGGUACAAUACUCGGCGGCGGAGAUCCAGAGGAGCGUGGAGCACCUGCAACGCCACGACCUGUGGGGCAAGGAGACCUCCAUGCUGCCCGACGUGGACCUGCAGCUGCCCCGUAUGUACGGGGACAACAUCGACGAGCAUUUUCGCCUCCUGGCGCAGAAGCAGAGCUUGCCCUACCUGGAGGCGGCCAACGAGCUGCUGCGGUGUGAGCUGCCCCCCAUGCCCGCGCAGUGGCGGCUGCUGGAGCAGCGGUACUCCUGGUCCAGCCACCUCACCCUGGCCGACCUCAUUCCCCUGGAGAGCCCGGCGGGCACCGGCUGUGCCGGCAAGCAGGACUGUCCGGAGAGAGUGGUGGUGGGGCACAACGUGGCCUUCGACCGGGCAUUCAUCAAGGAGCAGUACCUCAUCCAGGGCUCCCGGGUGCGUUUCCUGGACACCAUGAGCAUGCACAUGGCCAUCUCGGGGCUGACGGGCUUCCAGCGCAGCCUCUGGAUGGCUGCCAAGCACGGCAAGAGGAGGGGACUGCAGCAGGUCAAGGAGCACAUGAAGAAAACGCGCAGCAAAACGGAGGGGCCAGCUGUCACUUCGUGGGACUGGGUGAACGUCAGCAGCAUCAACAACCUGGCGGACGUGCACGCGCUGUACGUCGGGGGGGACCCGCUGGAGAAGGAGGCGCGGGAGCUCUUUGUGAAGGGGAGCAUGGCCGACAUCAGGAGUCACUUCCAGGACCUGAUGUCGUACUGCGCCCGCGAUGUCCAGGCGGUGUUUCAGGAGCAGCUGCCACUCUUCAUGGAGAGGUGCCCCCACCCCGUGACGUUUGCAGGGAUGCUGGAGAUGGGGGUGUCCUACCUGCCGGUCAACGGGAACUGGAAGAGGUACCUGGAUGAUGCUCAGGGCAUCUACGAGGAGCUGCAGAAGGAGAUGAAGAAGUCCCUGAUGAACCUGGCCAAUGACGCCUGCCAGCUGCUGCACGAGGACAAGUACAAAGAUGACCCCUGGCUCUGGGAUCUCGAGUGGGACACGCAGGAGUUUAAGCAGAAGAAGAAUCCGGGGAAGAAGAAGAAGAAUCAGAACAGGAACAGCAAAGCCCCCGCAGAGGCGGUGGGCUCAGACGGGUCCACGCAGGAGUGGCAGGAAGACCCCGGCCCCCCCAGUGAGGACGAGGAGCUGAAAGCCCCUGCGAGCCAGGUCUGCCUGGAGCGUCUGAAGGAGACGGUUGCGCUGCAACCCAAGAGACUCCAGCACCUGCCGGGCCACCCGGGCUGGUACCGCAAGCUGUGCCCGCGCCUGGAGGAGGUGGGGUGGGUGCCGGGACCCAGCCUCAUCAGCCUGCAGAUGAGGGUGACCCCGAAGCUGAUGCGCCUGGCCUGGGACGGCUUCCCUCUCCAUUACUCGGAGAAGCACGGCUGGGGCUACCUGGUGCCGGGGCGACAGGACAAUUUGCUGGCAGCCCCCUCGGAGGCAGAGGGCCCUCCCUGCCCACACAGGGUGAUCGAGUACCUGUACAGGCAGUACUGCCUGGAGAAAGGCAAGGAGCAGCCCCCAGGGCCGGAGGCCGCCAUGGAGGAUGAGCUGCUGGUGAUGGACGGCAGCACGAUGUGGCAGAAGGUGGAGGAGCUGAGCCAGCUGGAGGUGGAUGCGGAGGAGAAAAUGGGCAGAGCAGACCAGAGCCUGGCACAGGAGGAGAUGGAUGAGCUGUGCGAGCUGGCGGAGGCAAGGAGCCAGCCCUCGUACCACCACGGCAAUGGGCCCUACAACGAUGUCAACAUUCCCGGGUGCUGGUUCUUCAAGCUGCCUCACAAGGACGGGAACGCUAACAACGUGGGAAGCCCUUUUGCCAAGGAUUUCUUGCCCCAGAUGGAGGACGGCACCCUGCGGGCUGCCGUGGGCCGCACCCAUGGGACCAGAGCCCUCGAGAUUAACAAAAUGAUCUCGUUUUGGAGGAACGCUCACAAGCGGAUCAGUUCCCAGAUGGUGGUGUGGCUGAAGAAAGGGGAGCUGCCUCGCGUGGUGACCAGGCACCCCAACUAUAACGAGGAGGAUGAUUACGGAGCCAUCCUGCCGCAGGUGGUGACCGCAGGCACCAUCACCCGCCGGGCGGUGGAGCCCACAUGGCUGACGGCCAGCAAUGCCCGGGCCGACCGGGUGGGCAGCGAGCUGAAAGCCAUGGUGCAGGUGCCGCCCGGCUACUCCCUGGUGGGCGCAGACGUGGAUUCCCAGGAGCUCUGGAUAGCCGCUGUCCUCGGCGAGGCGCACUUCGCCGGCAUGCACGGUGAGCCGGGCCUGCGCCGCAGGGGACGGGUUCGCUGGCGGGACCUGGCUGUGGACAGGGCGGAGGACGGAUCGGUGUCGGCCCAGGAUGUCCAACAGCUCCAGAGGGAAGCCGUGAAGAGGUCCCGGAGGAAGAAGAAGUGGGACGUGGUGGAGCACCGAGUGUGGGCUGGAGGCACCGAGUCGGAAAUGUUCAACAAGCUGGAGAGCAUCGCCUUAUCCCCGUCCCCGCAGACCCCGGUGCUGGGCUGUCACAUCAGCAGGGCCCUGGAACCCGCCGUGGCCAGGGGGGAGUUUCUGACCAGCAGAGUGAACUGGGUGGUGCAGAGCUCGGCCGUCGACUACCUGCACCUCAUGCUGGUCGCCAUGAAGUGGCUCUUCGAGGAGUUCGACAUCAAUGGGCGCUUCUGCAUCAGCAUCCACGACGAGGUGCGCUACCUGGUCCAGCAGCAGGAUCGCUACCGGGCAGCCCUGGCCCUGCAGAUCACCAACCUCCUCACGCGGUGCAUGUUUGCCUACAAACUGGGCCUCCAGGAUCUGCCACAGUCAGUGGCUUUUUUCAGCGCAGUGGACGUUGACCAGUGCUUAAGGAAAGAGGUGACCAUGAACUGCGUGACGCCAUCAAAUCCGACCGGGAUGGAGAAGAAGUACGGCAUCCCUCAAGGAGAAGCACUGGAUAUAUACCAGCUAAUUGAAAUAACCAAAGGUUCGCUGGAAAAGAAAUGAUGACGCUAGAGUGCCAGAAUGACAGCUGUCCAGAGAGCGUGCCAGAGCCUAGCUGUCCUUUUCAGAAGGAGAUCUUUUGGCAGGGACUGAUCCCGGUCACCCUGUUCCCUUUUUGCUGUAAGAAGGGACGUUCCUGGGGAAGAAGGUUUUGAUAGCAGCACGUUGGAACAGCAGAGGCGCUUCCGAGGGCAGCAGCCAGCUGUAAAACCUGAGACAGUGGCCCAAGUCACUGCUUGCACGCCCGUGGGCACAAAGGAAGAAGUCAUAAGUAUUUGGCAAGAGAAACAACAAACCGUCGUCUCUAUACACGCAGUUCUCCAAGACCAAGGCGAGUCUGCCACAGAACAGGCGCUGUGGGAGGGCAGCAGCGGCAACCCCAGCUUUAUUUUUUUCGCCGUCUCUUCUUUUUGGGUUCCUGGUUCUCAUCUGGCUGCUCUGCGGUGCUGCUCUGGAGAGGGAGGGAGAGAGUAGCAGUACAGAGUGUGAUUGUUUUUGUGUGAUUAGUCUAAGGAAUGUUUACCUAAAGCAAGAAACCAGAUGUGCAGAACAGGAUUUAGCUCUUUUUCCUCCCCAACAAAAUGACCCGAAUAUGGGACUCCUCUCACCCACUGGGACUUUCCCCAUGGACCCCCCACGUCACUUCAUGCUGGAACUUAGACCAUGGGUUAUCAAUGGCACAGGACAGGGGCUGUUUGUGCGGGGUUUUGGCUUGUUGAAACACUCAGGAAAAUAUGGACAGAAGCACCAAUAAAAACCUGGACAAUC